AUGAAUGUGACCGACCGGUCGCCACUCUUCGUCGUCGAAGAGGUCCUCUGUACCUACCCCAUUAGCACGAGCUAUGACUCGUGUCCACGAUAUCUCUUCUAUGCUUUGCUCCUGGCCGUUUGUGUCACACGCUGGACCGGCUGGCUGGCAGAUGUCUUUCUCGGUGCCGCAGCUACAUAUGCCGGGACAGCUGCCAUUCAAGCGUUCAUCCUGGUAUCCAGUCCUUCAAAAUAUCGUACCCCACAAAAUGUGUCUAUCCCCUGGAUUCCGGACAAUACCAGCCUGUGGGAUGACUUUCCGGCCCUGAUCACUGAAACCAACGAAGUUGAGAUCAGUCCCGCAGCUAUAGAACUAGACGCAGACGCUGUGCUUUCAAUCGUGGUGACUGCAUAUCUCGUGUUCUUACCGCUCCAAUGCUGGUCCCGCGUAUUCGCCAAAGAACGGAUCAGCUCGAUUAUAUUCACGCUGUGGAACGUUCUUAUGUUUGCCGGAUCAAUAUGCUCCCUGGUCUACUGGCCCAGGCUGAAGAAGACCCCAGUUCAAUACGCCUUCUGUUUGCCACAGCUGCCUCCGAUAUCACCGGUAUCAAGUGAUGGAUGGGAGUCAUGGCAGCUGACUUCAACUUGGAAUAAUAGUGCAUGGGAUAUCUUUAGCAAUGACUCGUUGCUGCUUCAGCUGAAUGAUGUCUGCUUCUACCCAUGUUUCAACACCACCCAGGUGCUACGUCAGCAAACCUCACUCCAGGCGUCGGUAGCAGCGGGGGACAAUCGAUUUACCAAGCGCCACCGAUUUUGGGGUAAAGUAAUCUACUCUCAGCGGUACAUCUAUAGUCUGGUCGCACUCAGCAUGGUGCUGAAUGUCCUGUUGAUGAUGGUCAGGGUAUUGCCGUACCAUUCUCGGGUCCCUUCAUCGCGCGUAUGGGAGAUCUGGAAGGAGAGAAAGAACAUCAUCAAGGGCUUGAAAGAAGACUUUUACGCCGCAAUUCAUACAUCAAGGGACAGCCGGGAAACUAUGGUGGAGAAGACACGAACGAAAUUACCACUGUGGAAACGGAUAUCGCGAUUUUUCACCCUACGGGUGUUGGGCUUGUGGGCCAAGGUGACCUUUGAUGUCAUCAUUAUUGGUGCCGUCGUGUUCAGCAUUGUUAUCAGUCCACUCACUGUUAUCGCCUUCGUGGCUUGGAUCGAAUACUAUAUCCGUCACGAUGGGCCGUCCCAAGAGACACCACAACAGGUUGGCCAGUGGUCGCCUCUAGUAUCCAUUGCGCUGUUGAGCAUCUCUGCUAUGAUUCACAAACUGAAGUAUCGGGUGGCGCCUCGCCAUGAGAUUGAGCAAGAUAUUGAAGAACUGAAAAAGGAAAUCGAACGUCUAGAGAAUUUGAGAGAUGAGAAGUCUAACACGCGAGAGUUCCAUUCUCUCCAAUCUCUUCGGGAUCGCUUUAGCACAGAGGGACAGCAUUAUGACACUAGACAGUUAGAAUAG